AAUGAACUUCGACAUACAAAGGUGCUGCGACCCGUUGACCGUCUUUUCCCCUGUUCCGUUCCUGCCAUUUUCACCAUGAGCUUACAUUCCUGGGUGUCCGACAAUGUCAUGAAAUUGCUCGGCAUGUCCGAAAAGACCAUGGUCGAUUUUGUUAUUGCCACAGCUCAAAAGGCCAAAUCGCCCGACGAUUUAUUUUCAUCGCUACAAGCGGCUGGUGCACCUGCCACUGGCGAUACCCAACGUUUUGCUGCAGACUUAUAUGGUCGAGUUCCACAUAAGGUCCCCGCAUCCGCUGCCGCUGCAGCCGCUGCAGCCGCCAAAGCACAACGAAAGAAGGAAGAAAAAGAAGCCGCCAAAUUGCGUAGAGCCAACGAGGCAUUCCAGACAUUGUUAGAGGAUCCCGCUGAAGUCGCCGCGGCCGAAAAAGAAGAAGAACGACGAUUGCGCAAACAGGAAAAGAAAUUGCGUAAAAAGAAACGAGAAACGAGCGCUUGGGAAAGUGAUGAGGAAACCGAAAUCACGACCACUGAAAAUAAUCGGAAACGAGCCAAAGCGCAACAAUCAGAUGAAGUCACAGAAGAGGAAGAAUUGGAGAAAAAACGAUUGGAUGAUAUCAGAGAACGUGACGCAUUUGCUGAACGAUUAAAGGAAAAGGACAAGGAAAAGACGAAAAAGCUUGUCGAGGAUAGGUCAGCAAAGGAAGGAAGUGAGGCACAAAAACGACGAAAUCUGGCCAACGAUAAAGAAGCUCGUCUAGACGCAUUACCGGAUCUCCGUGAACGAUCGCGACAACAAUACCUAAAGAUGCGUCAAGAUCAACGCCUCGAAUUGUUAAGGCAAGAAGUCGCGGAUGAAGAGUUCUUAUUUGGCAACCAGAAACGGACAGAAAGGGAAAUUGCCGCCUAUAAUUACAAGAAACAAGUGUUGGAAUUGGCUGAAGCACGUCUUAAUAUCGAUUCAAAGCAGGAUGCUUACGUGAUGCCGGAAGAUUAUAUUACGGAAAAGGGAAAAAUUGACCGGAAAAAGAAAGAGUCAGCGUUGUAUAAGCGUUACGAAGAAGAGGAAAAAUUCGUAUCCGAACAGGAUCAGUGGGAGCAGCAACAAAUCAGGAAAUCAGCGGCCAAAGCCGACCGAGGGGCGCCCGAAGAUGAAUACGAUUACGUGUUUGACGAAGAUCAAAAGAUCGAUUUUGUGAUGGCGGCGAAAAUCAAUGAUGAUCGAUCGGCCGAAGACUCCGAGUUACUGGAACGCAUUGAUGAAGCCGAACGUAAAGCGAAAUCCAUUGAAGAUACGCGAAAGUCGCUGCCUAUUUACCAAUACCGGGACCAGUUACUGCAGGCCAUUAACGAUUACCAAGUGCUGGUCAUUGUGGGAGAAACAGGCUCCGGAAAAACGACGCAGUUGCCUCAAUACCUCUAUGAGGCCGGCUAUACAAAGGAUGGAAAGAAAAUUGGUUGUACGCAGCCCCGUCGUGUGGCCGCCAUGAGUGUGGCCGCUCGUGUAGCCGAAGAAAUGGGUGUUCAUUUAGGUGCUGAAGUUGGUUACAGCAUUCGUUUUGAAGAUUGCACCACCGACAAAACCACAGUGAAAUACAUGACCGACGGUAUGCUUCUUCGUGAAUUCAUGACCGAGCCUGAUCUGGCCUCCUACAGUUGCAUGAUCAUUGAUGAAGCCCACGAAAGAACCCUUUCCACCGAUAUUCUUUUUGGUCUUAUCAAGGUAAAGUACCCCCAUCAUUCAUCGCUUUAUAAAAUUAUCUUCACUUGUUGCUCACACUCAUUUACUUGCUCUUUCAGGAUAUUGCCCGUUUCCGUCCCGACUUGAAGCUGUUGAUCUCCAGUGCUACGAUGAAUGCGCAGAAAUUUUCAGAGUAUUUUGACGAUGCGCCCAUUUUCAAUAUCCCUGGUCGGCCUUACCCUGUCGAAAUCUAUUACACCAAAGCUCCAGAAGCCAACUACUUGCGUGCGGCAGUAACGCAAGUACUUACCAUUCACGUUACCCAAGGCAGAGGAGAUAUUCUGGUCUUUUUGACCGUAAGUGAUGAACAAUAAGCAAAAAGUGGCAAACUCUAUAUUUACUUAUUU